AUGAAUUGUGCCGGCGGGGGGCCGGGGUGCAGCAGCGGGGCCUGCCUUGGGUGCCCCGUGCCCCGCACACGGAUCGGGUACCAGCAUAUCCUGCAUAGAAACCUCAUUUACUUAGCUACCAUUGCUGAUGCGACGCCGCCCAGCACGCAGAAGACUGUAGACUGA